GAGAAGAUAGUGCUGCACCGAUCGGUGCAAUCGGUGGCAGGUGGCUCAUUUGAGUUUAGCUACGUGGGCUGACCCGAAAAGCAAGUGGAAUUCGGUUGGAUCUUCCGUGCAGAGGCAAAAACGAUUGGCUCCCGCAAUGAGGAGCUUACGAUGGGCUCCAGGUGAGCUGAGAUGGGACUUUCUACGGAUAUACCUCGUGCUGGUGGUGUUUUCGUUCCACGUGGCGACACAGGCGAAUGAAAUAUGGCCAGUAGAACGACCGGACGGAAUGCCACAGAUAACCGCUCUCGAGGUCAUGUGCGGCAAGGAUCACAUGGACGUACAUCUAUCAUUUUCGGCACCGUUCGAGGGAAUUGUCAGCUCCAAGGGUCAACACAGUGAUCCGCGCUGCAUCUACGUUCCACCGUCAACCGGCAAGACGUUCUUCACGUUUCGGAUUUCCUACUCUCGCUGUGGCACCAAGCCGGAUCUGAACGGUCAGUUCUACGAAAACACCGUCGUCGUGCAGUACGAUAAGGACCUGCUGGAAGUGUGGGACGAAGCCAAACGGCUGCGUUGCGAGUGGUUCAACGACUACGAAAAAACCGCCUCUAAACCGCCGAUGGUCAUUGCCGAUCUGGACGUGAUUCAGCUUGAUUUCCGAGGUGACAACGUCGACUGCUGGAUGGAGAUCCAGCAUGGAAAAGGUCCCUGGGCUCCGGCAGUCAGUGGAAUCGUACCGCUGGGAUCCACGAUGACGUUGGUCGUUGCGAUCAACGACUUCCGUGGUGAGUUCGAUAUGCGGGUCAAAUCCUGCGUGGCAUCCGAUGGAGCCGGACACGUGAUCAAACUUAGCGACGAGUAUGGCUGCGUGCUGCGACCGAAGAUGAUUUCCCGUUUCCUGAAGGCACGUGCUCCGGACGACAAGGCCUCCGUCAUUACGUACGCCUUCUUCCACGCCUUCAAGUUCCCCGAUGCUCUGAGCGUGCACAUCAAGUGUAAGGUCGAAAUUUGCCGUCAUGGAUGUUUGGAUCACUGUCAGCACAGCGGACCGUCCAGUGGACCUGGAAAACUGCACAGUCUAUUGGAUCGCAAGGACACCCUGGACAGCCACCAGAACAGUAACGACAUUCUACAGGAAUCGGACGAGGUGGAUGCAGAAUCCAGCAACCAGGACGUAUUCUACGAUGACAUCAUCCAUACGGAUAAGAACUCCAACCAGCCACCACCACCCCCUCCACCGGCGCCAAAGAAGCCAAUGAUGCCGUCCAUUCAGAAGAAGAAGGAUAGUGGCUACCUGCAGUACCAUCACCAUAACCGGGAUCCACUGGACGAACUGGAGCAGCUGUUCCUCAACGACCACUCAAUGAUGCCAGCUGAGCUGCUCAAGAAGCAAGCGCCACCACCUCCUCCACAGAUGCAGCAUCAGUUGCCACCACAGCCACUUCCGCAGAAGCAACCGCACAAGUCUACCCCGGAAGAUGAGAAGUUCCCCCACGGACCUCGCCAGAUGGAUGCUGAAAAGCGAAUGGGUCUACCAGCCGUUGCUGGACCACGCAAGCUUAACCUAGACGCUGAAGACGUACGGAAUCCAGUGUACGUCAACGAAGUGCCCAAGCGGCGCGUCCGCCGAUCCAUCAAGAUCACCGACCGGAAGAUCCGCUCGACGGACGUCGGUGUCAGUGGCAUCUACGACGUCAUCUCCGAAGCCGAUCUGGCCUUCAAUCCGGACACCAAACAGGAAGCCGUCACCAUCUUCCAGGGUAAGAUCAGCGAGGAAGUCGUCUACGGCAUCUGCAUGCCCGUUCCGGGCUUCAGCAUUCUCUUCAUCCUGGUUAUUUCGGCUACCAUCAUCUCGGCGCUGAUUGCCGGUUCGCUGCUCUACCGGUACCAACUGCAGAAGGAGAUCAUGGCUCAACAGGCGAGCGGAGUUACCCCGAGCCACUACCCACCGAACAAUUUUGCCACCUGGAUGACGCUGAGACUGUUCCGAUCCCGACAGCAGCAUGCGGCGGCAGCAGCGGCAGUGGCUGCCUCUCUAGCGGCCAGUGGAGCUCGCGGUUCCAUGGACAUGAGCACGACAGCUCAGUAGCGAGCAACACCCAGCCAGGAGAACGCAUUUGGCUCAGGCGACGCCUACUCUGUUUAAUCUUGGACGUUCUUUCUUGACUUUGAGAGUAUACUAGAAAAACGAAAUCAAUAUUUAACGAAAAAGAAAAACACUCAU